AUGCUCUACAGGAAGACGUUCCUCGAAGUUACGUUAAAGCACUGGAAGAUCGAAUCCAAGAGUUGGAUUCUCAACUGGCUUUACAUCCAAAGCCCCAUACCGCACACCUUGCAGAACGAUGGAAUAUCGCCCGUUUCAAUUGGAGCUCGCUAUAAACCAAUGCAUGUCUUGAUGCCCGGGCCUAGACAGGAUCUGUAUCUAGACGUUUCAUUUCCCUCUCGAAUCACAAAUGUCACCUUCGAGGUGUUGUUGCAAUCGCAAAACCUUGUUGAGAUCCCGAACUUUUCUGAUGUGGAGUCUGUUAUUCCCGAAAUUCUCCAGUCUGACAGAUCUCUUAUCACUCCCAGCAUAGUACGCCAUCUUCUCGCUCGCUAUGAUCGCUGCAUUCGGCCUCAGUAUGAUUCAUUGGCUUUGGAGGUUCCAUCAUAUGAUGGCGCGAACUUGAAAAAAGUCCCAGCCGAUCAAAAGUUCAAGAUUCUAACGGCCUGCGCUAUCGCUGCUGCCUGUGAAUCUUAUACGGCCCCCAUCUGGAAAUCGAUUGCGCAUAUAUGCCGGGAAUGGGCUAACGAAUAUACAACCAGUAUCCUAUCGGCAGCGGACAGGGAAUCAUUGACUUCGACGCUACUGCUCCUCAUAUAUGAACUAGCGGAUCCAAGCAGAGGAGCGACCUGGGAGCUGCUUGACCUAGCCGUACGCACGUGCUUACAAUUGGGUUGGCAUCGUACAGGUCAGGGCCAGCAAACAAGCCCCCCUUCAAUAGACGGGACAAUUAGUGCAAACACGAUCUCGUGUGGACCAGACGAUGUUCAACUAAUGUCAGUAAUAAAGAAUAUCGACGGAUCUUUACGAACGACUUUUAAUCGCCCAAACAUGUUGAAUGGAUCGCAGCUACCGACGGCAUCUGAUACCGAGUAUAUCCUGUCAACUUAUGUGCGAUUGUCUCACGAAAUAUAUGACACAGAUCAGUAUUACGAGAACGAUGCGUGCCCCUUCACAGGGGAAAUCUCUUUGUUGAUUGGAGUGAUGGAAGGAUUUCAAGAUCAGCAGCCAAUGGUAUUAGAAACCUGGUUACUAUUUCUUGCUGUCUGUGUUAGACACAAACAAUGUGUUUUUUGUUUUCAAGAAGCAGACGAGCCGAUUGCCAGGGGCAUGCGGUCUCUCAGACAUCAGGUUGUGGUCGCCGCAUCGCAAUUGAUUUCGACCGUAUAUGAAUUGGCGAUCGCUCGAGAUGGAUCUGUCGGUUGCAAAAUUCGUAAUGAGUCUACUAUUCCAUCAUCUAAAGCAGUUAGCAAUGAGGAACUUGAUGAGGGUGAAGACAGUGUUGGAGAGGAUGAUGAUCUUCCUCCAGUAGUUAUUUCCGGUAGACCUCCAGGUUGGAAUAUGGCUGAUUAUAUGAAUGGUGAAUAUGACGAGGAGAACCGCUUACUCCGGGAUACACCAUUAAGCGAGUCCACACCAUUCAAUUCGUUAGAUAUCGAGUUAGCCGCGACAAACCUCUAUAACGCGAAGGAGGAUUUCAAAAAGCUCAGUGCUAAACGGCGUAUCAAGGUCGCCGAGCACGCUCUUCGUGAGGCUCGGGAGGAUAUCAGUAUUGUCAAUACAUCUGAUAUUCAGGAUGAAUUCAAUCACGAAAUUGGCCAGCGCGAUUAUUCAAUUGGUGUUGAUCUGAGAGUCUAUAUCAAUAAGCGGAAGGUGAUUAGCCAAACACUCCACGAUAUGACUCGGCGUUCAUUUGAUCUUGGCGUUGUAGAGGAUCAAUUCUAUGAACAGAUUAACAAAUAUACUGGCAACGAAUCUUUCACAUUUGAGACCUGUACGGCUUUUGUGAAAUCAAUGUCGGGCCGUGGGAGACAAUUAAGCCAUCAAUUUGAUGAUUUUUCUCUUACAGAAACUCUCAAAGUGUUAGAUCUCAUUAAUAACAAACGAGAGGCUCAUCCCGGCACAGCUUUAUACGUUCUUUUCGAAGUUAAAGUGGCCUGCGAAGCACUCACGUCGGCUAAGAAAAAGAUAGUAAUAUUAACACCUCAACAACCUCAAAAUCCAGUGUCUAUUCCAAGUUCACCACCUACAGCGCCGGCAUAA